GAACUCGUCGCACUCUUGCACGCCGAGCUCGGCUCCAACGGUCUGGACAGCGAGCAUGUCGACGUUGACCGGGUCAAGAAACUGAUGUCGAAUUACGUCUCCAACAAGGGCGAUUGGCAAAAGUAUGCCCUCUUUGACAAGAACCGGUACACUCGCAACCUCGUCGAUGACGGCAACGGUAAUUUCAACCUUAUGAUCCUUGCCUGGCCCGAGAAUGUUGGAAGUGCGAUCCACGACCACUCUGGUGCCCACUGCAUUAUGAAAAUCCUCGACGGCGAAUUGCAAGAAACCCUCUAUGACUGGCCCGACAAGGUCAUUACCGACGACAAUGAAGAACAGUCCAAGCCCAUGAAAAUCACUCGCGAAACGAUCCUGCACCGGGAUGAAUGUGCCUACAUGUCCGACCAGCUGGGCCUUCACCGAGUAUCGAAUCCGCUCAAGGGCCAGGGCUCGCUCUCACUACACCUGUAUACGCCUCCUUACGAAACCUGCAAGACCUUCAAUGAACGGUCUUCAAAGGCAAGAUCGUCGGGCAAAUGUGUGUUUUACUCCACCAGGGGUGAAAAGUUG